GUCCAGCGCCCUUAGCCACCAUACCACCUGCCAGCCCCCAUAUCUUUUAUUUUUAAAACUCAACAUAUUAUUUUAUAAGCACUUACUCCAUGCCAGGCAGCGUUCUAGAAAUGAACCCAUUUGUUUUCACAUCAUCCUCAUUGGGUAGCUGCCACUUACAGAUGAAGAAACCGAGGCACAGAGAGGUGAAGCAAUUUCCCUGAGGGAGCACCCUGGUGGUGACACAGGUGGGCUUCCAGUGCAGCAGCUUCCAUGUCUACACUCCUCACCAAGCCACAGAGGGGCUGCAAAAGGGAGUCAAAACACCGGAGCGCUGGGAAUAGCCCCCUGGCGCACCGCAAAGCACACACAGGCGUCAGUGUGUCACCGUGGCACGCGGAGGGCCCGGCAGCACCCUCCUCUCACUUCUCCUAGAGCAGGCGCCGGCCCUUUGCCAGGGAAGCUGCUGCCUGCUUUAGCCUCUCUCCAGAAAGCUGCAGCUCCGCGCUCUCCCCAGACCCAACCUCAUCCGGAGAGGCCCCUUCACUGGCAGGGCUGUUGGUGGGCGGAGGGGCAGGCAGAGAGACGACUGUACCCCUUCCCCAUUUCUCAGAGAAAGCGGGUGGUGGUGGGGAGGGACCGUGAGUCAGGCCUACGGCCUGGGACAAAGGUCGGGCGGGGCUGGGACUCCGGAGGAAUUCCUCGGGCGGGCAGGUCCCUCGCCCCUCCCCUGCCCCUGCGCUCCUGGCCUUCCAGACACACCUCUCCGCACCAUGGAGUUCGACCUGGCGGCAGCCUUGGAGUCCAGCUCCAAGAAGUCCGACGGGGCGGGCCAAACGGGAGACUCCAAGUCCGGUCCCCCCAAAGUUCAGGGCCUGCCAGGUGCAGGGGCAGCUCCGAAUCCGAGGCAUGGCCAGAGCAGUUCCUCGGAUUCCAGCAGCAGCAGCAGCAGCUCCAGCGACUCUGACUCGGAGGGGAAGCCCCAGGUGGCCGGCUCCAAGCAGGACGAGAGCACCCCGGGCAAAGCCAAGAAGCCCAAGAUGAAGAAGAGCAAGAAGGGCAAGAAGGGCAAGGAGGCUGCCCGCUGACGGGACGGGCCUGGGCGGGACGCAUUAAACCUUCCUCUCCGCCUG